UUUUCCUGUUUUCUCGUUUAAAGCUCCCAAACUUGGGUCUGUCUCUUUAGAUUCUCUCUCUUCGCUCUUUACUCUUUACUUCACUGCUUAGAUACUCUCAGUAUUCGCAACUAAGCAGAGCAAACCAAUGAGUGUUGUUGCGGCGGAGAGACCCACAGUUGGGGUCUCAAACCUUCCUCAAACAAUCACAGCCCACGACCUCCGUCACUUCCUCGAAUCCCAGCUCGGCGGUGACUCCAUCUUCGCCCUCGAAAUCUCCACCGAGCACAAGCAAUGGAAGCCCCGAAGCUUCGGUCGAAUCCAGUUCACCACUCUCGAGGCCAAGUCCAAGGCCAUGUCUGUCACUCUCACCUUCAAGUCCCAAACUCUCAGACUCUCCGAGACAACCUACGACGACAUCGUCCCACGCCCCGUGAACCCAAAGCACCGCCUAGAUAACUGUGUUUUGCAUGUGGGUUUUAUAGCUCGAGAGGGUUGCAUGAGUGUGUUGGAUUCUUGGGAGGGUGUGAGGGUCUGGGUUAUGCCCGAGAGAGAAAGGGUCGAGUUCUGGGUUUGGCAAGGUGGGGAGUGUUAUAAACUUGAGAUUAUGUUUCAUGAUGUUUUGGAUACUUUUCGGAGUCAUUUUGCUGAUGGUGAUGGCGAUGCCUUGGUCUUAAAGCUCAAGUAUGGACCAAGGAUCUAUCAGAAAAUUUCUGGACCUGAUAUAACUUCAAAAUUUAGUGCUGAUCGGUACAAUUUCUGCAAGGAAGAUUUUGACUUUCGUUGGGUUCGCACGAUAGACUUUUCUAGUAAAAAGUCAAUUGGACACUCAACUUCAUUUUGUUGGGAAAUUGAAGGAUUAACGAGUUCAGAUUUUUUUACAAGUUUCCCCCAUUAUAGAGAAGAUAUGAAUGAUCUAAUUUUAGAGGAUGGAGAGGAAUUCUCUUCAAAAUCUGAGAUAGUUCCACUUGUGAAAUACAAAUUGGCCUCUAACUUAGCAUAUGAGAUCCUUUUCCAACUCAAUUCCCUUGUCCAUACCCAGAAAAUUAGCCUUGCUGCAGGUACUGAUCUGAUUGAGAUACUUAGCAAGAAAGAUGUUGAAACUGCUCUUAUGGUUCUUCAGAAGUUGCACAAGCUAAAUUCCACUUGUUAUGAGCCUGUACCAUUUGUAAAGACUCAAUUUCAUAUCCAAGAAAGAAACCGUAAGAGUGUUCCCCCCUCUUCCUACAAUAGAUUAAAAGAUCAAAAUGUAAUGAGUUGUCAUAGAGCACUAAUUACCCCGUCAAAGAUUUAUUGCUUGGGACCUGAGUUUGAAACUUCUAAUUAUGUGGUGAAGAAUUUUGCAACAUAUGCUUCAGAUUUUAUGAGAGUUACUUUUGUUGAAGAGGAUUGGAGUAAGCUUCCUGCAAAUGCCAUUUCCACAAGUGUCCAGCGAGGUAUUUUUGCCAAACCUUUUAGAACUGGAAUAUAUCAUCGCAUAUUGACUGUUCUUCGAGAUGGGGUUGUGAUUGGAGCUAAAAGAUUUCAGUUUUUAGCUUUUUCUGCUAGUCAACUGCGAUCAAAUUCUGUUUGGAUGUUUGCUUCUAAUGACAAAGUAAAAGCAGAAGAUAUUAGAGAAUGGAUGGGGUGUUUCAACAAGAUUCGCAGUGUAUCUAAAUGUGCAGCAAGGAUGGGUCAGUUGUUCAGUUCCUCUAUGCAAACACUUGAGGUCCCUGGACAAGAUGUAGAGAUUAUUCCUGAUAUCAAAGUGAUCACGGAUGAUAUUGAGUACUGCUUCUCAGAUGGCAUUGGAAAAAUUUCUCAGUCUUUUGCUUGGCUAGUUGCUCAAAAGUGUGGAUUAAAUAAAACCCCUUCAGCGUUUCAAAUUCGAUAUGGUGGAUUUAAAGGUGUUGUUGCUGUUGACCGUAAUUCCUACCGGAAGCUAUCUCUGCGUAAAAGUAUGGAAAAAUUUGAAUCAAAGAACAGGAUGCUUAAUGUCACUAAAUGGAGUGAUUCCAUGCCCUGCUAUUUGAAUCGAGAGAUUAUUACCCUCCUGUCUACCUUGGGAGUAAAGGACGAAGCAUUUGAGGCAAUGCAAAAGGAACAACUGUGUCUGCUGGGCAAAAUGUUGACCAAUAGAGAGGCAGCUAUAAAGGUCUUACAGAUAUUGAAUGGAUCAGAUUCUAGAAACAUUCUGGUAAAAAUGCUGCUUCAGGGUUAUGAGCCAAAUCAGGAACCUUAUCUCUCAAUGAUGCUUCAAGCACAUUAUGAGAACCUCUUGUCUGAUUUGAAAAGUAGAUGUCGAAUAUUUGUCCCAAAGGGUCGAAUCCUGAUUGGUUGCCUGGAUGAAACCGGUAUUUUAAAUUAUGGCCAAGUGUAUGUCCGCAUUACCAUGACAAAAGCAGAACUACAAUCUGAGGAUCAGAGUUUCUUCCGGAAGGUGGAUGAGACAACAUGUAUAGUAGUAGGGAAGGUUGUUGUGACCAAAAACCCUUGUCUUCACCCAGGAGACAUCAGAGUUCUUGAGGCUAUCUAUGAAGUGGAAUUAGAGGAGAAGGGUCUGGUGGAUUGCCUUAUCUUCCCUCAGAAAGGACAACGGCCACAUCCAAAUGAAUGCUCUGGUGGUGAUCUUGAUGGAGACCAGUUCUUCAUAAGCUGGGACAAAGAUCUGAUCCCCUGUCAAACUGAGCCCCCAAUGGACUACACAGGGAGAAGACCUCGGAAAAUGGAUCAUGAUGUGACCUUAGAGGAAAUCCAAAAGUUUUUUGUUGAUUACAUGAUCAAUGAUACUUUGGGUGCCAUCUCUACCGCACAUUUAGUUCAUGCUGACCGUGAGUCAGAUAAAGCCCGAAGUCAAAAAUGUCUAGAGUUGGCAAACCUUCACUCAAUGGCCGUUGACUUUGCAAAGACUGGUGCACCAGCUGAAAUGCCUAGGGUUCUGAAACCAAAGGAGUUUCCAGAUUUCAUGGAGAGGCUAGACAAGCCCAUGUAUACCUCCAACAGCGUAUUGGGGAAGCUCUACCAUGCCUUUGUUGAGUCAGCAGUGCAAGAAAGGCCAAACUUGGUCUGGUUGGAGAAGUUUGCUAAAGAAGCUUAUGAUAAUGAUCUUGAAGUGGACGGUUUUGAGGCCUUCCUUGAAACUGCAGAAAGACAUAAAGACCAGUAUACAGAGAAAAUGAGUACCUUAAUGAAAUAUUAUGAUGCUGAGAGUGAGGAUGAAUUGCUGACGGGUAAUCUGCGGAAACGUGCAGCAUAUUUGCAGCGUGAUAACAGGAGAUAUGGUGAUUUGAGGGAUCGGAUUCUGCUCUCAGUGAAGAGGCUACAAAGAGAUACUAAAGAAUGGUUUGAAGAUUGCUGCAAAAUGCAUGAGCGUCAGCAGAUGGCCUCAGCAUGGUAUCAUGUUACUUAUCACCCUACUUAUUGCCGGGAAGGCCUUAAUUACUUGAGCUUUCCAUGGAUCGUAGGUGAUUAUUUAUUGAACAUUAAAAAUGUGAAUGGCAGAAAAGUUCGCAUAAAAACAGAUCAUAUGUAGCCAGUUUGUGUUCAGGAAUUUAUUCAUGUUGUACCCCUUGCAGGAUAAUGAAUUGUUGUAUAAAUCUGGAUUGAUUGGGAAAGUACUUUCCCCUUGUAGUUGACUCUUUCAGCAUGA